GACGAGGCUUGUCGACGGGCCACUCGUCGUAGAAGCGGCGCACAACCACGAUGCUCCGACUCGCGGUUCUCGCGCUGGCUAGCGCUGCAUGGGCAGGAAAUAACCUGAACGAGCAGGUCAACCAGAACAAGUACUUCCUCCACGACCGAUGCCGAAUGGGCCUGCAGGAACAAGUCAACUUGGAAUUGCACGCUAGCAUGUGGUUCCCAACGCAGGCCGCACACCUGGCCAACAACAAGGUGGCCCGUAGCGGGUUCGCACGCUUCUUUCGCGACCAGUCCACCGAGGAGCGUGAGCACGCGCAGAAGCUCGUCGACUACGUCAACCUGCGCGGAGGCACGGUGUCCGCUGUGAACGUGGACAUGCCGUCCACGGCCACCUGGAUGAGCGUCCUGGAUGCCCUGCAGGCGGCCCUCGCCCUCGAGCACCGCGUCACCAACCGGCUGCAUGAACUGCACCGACUCGCCGACGACAACCAUGAUCCGCAGAUGGCGGAUUUCCUGGAGCAGGAGUUCCUGUCGGAACAGGUGCGAUCCAUCGACCAGCUGCAGCGGCUCAUCACGCAACUGCAGAAUAUGGACACUGGCCUGGGCGAGUUCCUGCUCGACCAGCAACUGCGCGCCUAAAGAGCGCGCCAGUAUAAACACUCAGCUGCACUCCUGUUGA